AGAGAAUUUGACACUGUGUACAACAUGGCGAGCCUGGUUGAUGUCGGCUGGAAACUCCUGGAAUUCAAAGCCCGAUCAAAAAGAUCAGUGUGAGUCCACGGCCUAUGGAAGCUGGCAGACUUAAAUUCUUGGCGUUCGAAGACAAGUGAUCCCAUUAUAAAACUCUGAAGACUGUUGUAAGGAUAUUUGUGAUUUAGCUGAGAGACGAUUGGCCUUAAUUUCACCUUUUGAGCAUGGCCGGUUCAGUGGCCGCGACUGCCCGGCCUCAUCAGAAAGUUCGCAGACUUGGUUCCAUCUAUGAACCCCUAAAACUGUCCAUUCUCCAGCGAGAGGAUGAGCCCCUGUGGGAGAAGCUGGAUCGCUACUACAAUGCUGUCAAGACAACAAUUUUGAAUUACCAGAGUCCCACCACUGGCCUUUUCCCAGUCAAAACAUGCUCCACCUGCAAGGAGGCCAAGGUCCGUGACUCCCUGUACUGUGCUGCUGGUGCCUGGGCCCUGGCUAUGGCCUACCGGCGCAUCGAUGACGAUAUGGGGCGGACCCAUGAGUUGGAGCAUUCUGCCAUCAAGUGCAUGAGAGGGAUCCUCUACUGCUACAUGAGACAGGCUGAUAAGGUGGAGCAGUUUAAACAGGAUCCCAGCCCCUCCAAGUGUCUGCACUCGGUGUUCAAUGUCGACACCGGUGACGAGGUGCACUCCUACAGCGAAUACCACCACCUACAGAUCGAUGCCGUUUGUCUGUUCCUGCUGUACCUGGUGGAGAUGAUCUGCUCUGGUCUGCAGAUCAUUUACAACACUGAUGAGGUUUCCUUCAUCCAAAACCUGGUGUUUUGUGUGGAAAGAGCCUACAGGGUGCCUGAUUACGGCAUGUGGGAGAGAGGCAGCAAAUACAACAACGGCAGCACUGAGCUGCAUUCCAGCUCUGUGGGCCUGGCUAAAGCUGCUCUCGAGGCCAUCAAUGGAUUCAACCUCUUUGGAAAUCAGGGUUGUUCGUGGUCGGUGAUUUUUGUGGAUUUGGACGCCCACAACAGGAACAGGCAGACCCUGUGCUCCCUGCUGCCCCGAGAGUCUCGCUCACAUAACACAGAUGCAGCCUUGCUUCCAACCAUCAGCUAUCCUGCCUUUGCAGUAGAUGAUGAUGCCCUCUACAGUCAGACACUGGAUAAGAUUGUCCGUAAGCUGCGGGGCAAAUACGGCUUCAAACGAUUCCUCCGUGAUGGCUACCGCACUGCAAACGAAGACAAGAAUCGCCGCUACUACAAACCUGCUGAAAUGAAGCUUUUUGAUGGCAUCGAGUGCGAGUUUCCCAUAUUUUUCAUCUACAUGAUGAUUGACGGGGUGUUCAGAGGAAAUAAAGCUCAGGUCAAAGAAUACCAAGACCUCCUUGAACCCAUCAUCUUCCAGUCUUAUGAGGGCCAUGCUGUGAUCCCCAAAUACUACUACGUACCGGCUGACUUUGUGGAAGCGGAGCAGAACAAGCAUGGAAGCCAGAAGCGUUUCCCUAGCAACUCUGGUCGUGAUGGGAAAAUCUUCCUGUGUGGUCAGGCCCUUUACAACAUCGCCAAGCUGCUGGUGGAUGAGCUGAUCAGCCCUAAAGAUAUUGAUCCCAUCCACCGCUAUGUGCCUCGCCAGGACCAGCGCAACGUUAGCAUGCGAUACUCCAAUCAGGGUCCCAUAGAGAAUGAUGUUGUGAUUCAUGUGGCCCUGAUAGCAGAGAGCCAGAGACUGCAGGUGUUUUUGAACACGUAUGGCAUUCAGACCCAGACACCCCAGCAGGUGGAGCCCAUCCAGAUCUGGCCCCAGAAGGAGCUUGUUAAGGCAUAUCGUUUCCUAGCCAUCAAUAAGAAACUGGGGUUGAGUGGGCGUCCAGAGAGGCCAGUGGGCUGCAUUGGGACCUGCAAGAUUUAUCGCAUCCUGGGCAAGACGGUGGUGUGCUACCCGAUAGUGUUUGAUCUAAGUGACUUUUACUUGUCCCAAGAUGUUAUGCUGCUGAUUGAUGACAUCAAGAAUGCCCUGCAGUUCAUCAAACAGUGCUGGAAGAUGCAGGGACGUCCUCUUUUCCUGGUUCUCAUCCGCGAGGAUAACAUCAAAGGGAGCCGCUUCAACCCAGUCUUGGACAUGCUUGCCUCAUUCAAGAAAGGCAACAUUGGAGGGGUCAAAGUUCAUGUCGACAGACUUCAGACCCUGAUAUCUGGGGCAGUGGUGGAGCAGUUGGACUUCCUGCGUGUCAACGAGGCAGAGAUCCCAGAGUUUAAGAGCUUCGAGGAGCUGGAGCUGCCAAAGCACUCCAAGGUGAAGAGACAGACGAGUACACCAAACGCCUCAGACCUGGAGCAGCAGCCUGAGAUCAAUGUGGAGGAGUGGCUGCACAAGCCCACCAAUGAGAUCCUUCAGAAGUUUCAUGACUGCAACUGCUUGGCCAGUCAGGCUCAGCUUGCAGGGAUCCUUCUUAGGAGAGAAGGUCCAGACUUCCUUGCCAGAGACGAAAACAUGAUGGAUGAACUGGAGAGAAUCUACAGACAAGCUGGCAGCAGAAAGCUUUGGUCUGUUGUCCGUCUUGCUGCCAGUCUCUUAACUAAGCUAGUGGACAGCCUUGCCCCCAGUAUUACUAGUGUUUUAGUGCAUGGUAAGCAGGUGACCCUCGGUCUAUUCGGGCUAGAGGAGGAGGUGAUCUCCAACCCACUGUCGCCAGGGGUGAUCCAAGGCAUCAUCUACAGCAAGUGCUCGGGUCGUGGCGUGGAGCGAGAGGCCGUUCUUCAGCAGGAGCUCGUCAUUCAUAUUGGAUGGAUUAUCUCCAACAACCCAGAGCUGUUCAGCGGCAUGCUCAAGAUUAGAGUCGGAUGGAUUGUCCAGGCCAUGAAACAUGAGCUAAAGAUCCGGGCAGGAGACAUGCCACCCCAGGACAUCCACCAACUCUCCCCCAGCGACAUCAAGCAGCUCCUGCUGGAUGUUUUGCAGCCACAGCACACUGCCAGGUCUUGGCUGAACAGACGUCAGAUCGAUGGGUCUCUGAACAGGACCCCUCUGGGCUUUUAUGAUCGUGUGUGGCAGAUCCUGGAGAGGACCCCCAAUGGUAUUGUGGUGGCUGGGACUCACCUCCCACAGCAACCGACAUUGUCUGACAUGACGAUGUACGAGAUGAACUUCUCCCUUCUGGUGGAGGAAACGCUGAAGAACAUUGUGCUGCCAGAGUACAGACAAAUCAUAGUAGAGUUGCUGAUGGUGGUGGCCAUAGUGCUGGAGAGAAACCCGGAGCUGGAGUUCACCGACAAGGUGGAUCUGGACAGUCUGGUGAAGGAGGCCUUUAACGAUUUCCAGAAGGAUCGCAGUCGCUUUGAAGGCAUAGAGAAACAGGAUGACAUGGAGGCUUUCUACAACACACCACCAAUGGGAAAGAGAGGCACCUCCAGCUACCUAACCAAGGCUGUUAUUAUCCAGUUGCUGCAAGGGGAUGUCAAGCCCUGCAAGGACGACCCAUGCUCUGUUAGCUAGACUUACAGCUCUCUGACCUCUGAACCCAGCCUGCUGCAGCGUAGUCACCAAAUGGUCCUGCGAAGACUACAGAGUAUCCAUCACAUGUAUUCAGAAGAUAACCUCUAACCUCUGCAAUCCUCCCUUCAGCAAGACUCUGCCCAUUCUUGCAAACUGCAUUUUUCCUGGACUUUUGCCCCAGCAAAUGUAAAAACUGUUAGCAGAACCUUCAAACGCCAUAGAUAAUCAUGUCUGUCCUUUGUUCCUGGGGUUAAACUAUAUCCAUAAGUCAUGCUUUUUGUUUUUUGGCAGACUUCAGCAUCAAUUCAAAUUAAGAUUUUAAUACAGUCAUCUUAAAUUGCUCUAGUCAUUCAUUACCAAUUGUAGCAAGUCAUGUUAAAAACAAAACAUAACUAUCAAACACCAAUAGUCUGCACUUUCAAGGAUGGAUGUUGUAGUAGGCUACACAUCCACCAGCUGUGCUUAACUUAGUAGCACCUAGAAUCUUACUUUACGGUUACACUUCUUUCUUGUUCUGUGUAGCUUCAUAUUCAGCAUACAGACAAGUGUAUCAAUAUUGUCAUUUAAUGCUCUGUAAGAAAACAAAUCGGCAUUUUUCCCAACAUAUGUCAGGCCAUUUAUUUUCAUUUUUGGUGUUGCUAAGAAAUCUAAUUUAAAUAUUCUGACUUUUAGAUGUUCAAAGAUGAACUCUAAUCUUAACUGUUCAAACCAUACCUCACCAGCAGUAAACUUCAUCUGUUACAUAGCAAUUAGUCAGUACAAGGUAAUAUUGCAUAAUGAGCGAUGUGGGUCUCAGACUUGUUCAGUUGGCUCCCAGGGGCCUUAAAGGUGCAUCAAAUAUCAACAGACAGCCUCUCUUUAUUUUUCUAUAUGAAUCCAUUAGCCUAAAUUACUGAAUCUUGCUUAAAAUGCAUCUUUAUGUGGUGAUCUUCUGUGGUUUUCUGUGGGUCUUUUGCAUUAGAGGGUUUGAGAGCAACCACACAUAGUAAAAUACUUGGACUUUAUAGUGACUAACAAAGUAUAUUACUGAGCUGAAAGUGUAUCCAUGUCAGUUGGGUGUUGUACUGUUUCUCUUCUUUCUCUUUCUCUGUCUUUGUCCUCUUACCUCGAUGCAUGCAUGAGUCUGCUGCAUGAGAAUAAAUAUGCUUUGACGUGACCAUCAUGAACGUUUCUGUGAAUGUUAUAGGCUACUCAAUGUAGUAUCUAAGAGGACUGUUUUGUACUGUAGGGCUCUGCAUGGAAAUGACUACUGCUCAUCUGAAUUCCUGACAGAGGACAGUUUAGUUGAAUGUGAGCAACGGAAAAGCCUGCAGUCAUCCUUAAGUAGAAAUGAUAAAAGACUCUUUUUGACUUAUUAUAAAGUGUGCCUCUUUAAGUAUCAUCACUUGUGAUGAAUCUACCCAACCUUGUCACUGUGUGUGUGUUGUUUACUGGUGUUGUUGAAAAAAGUAUUUUUAACUCAAAUGAUAGUUUUAAAAAAAUAAAAUCAUCAUAGAACCUA